UCUUGUUUAUAAAAGUUCUGUUGUUUCCUCUAGAAUACACCAGAGCCUCGAUUAUAUCGAGGGCAGAGCUACAGUUUUUCAUUCUUGUUAUCUUUCUGCAAAUGCAAGUGCCAGCUCUGAAAUGAAACAGACAGUAGCUUUGGGUCACUUCAUCCUUCCCCCUGCCUGCGUGCAAGAAGAAAUUAGACAAAAACUUGGUCAUUUCAUAUGGGAGCAGAUGAGUGAUUCCCUGAUGGAACAACUUGAUGAAUUAACACCAGAUGAAAUAAAGACUAGCAUAAAAGAAGAUGAGCAAAGAAUAAAGGGCAAAAGAGACUUGGAUGACAGUGAGAAAGAAAAUAGAGUAUUAAAAACACCAAUGGGAGGGAAACUUGCAUACUGUCCACUUCAGGAUUACCCAGUGAACAACAUGGUGACAGGUUAUGUCUCGGCUAGUGAGAUGAAGAAAUACCUCGGUGAGCUACGUGAUUUUAUUCCUGGCACUUCUGGUUAUUCAGUAUAUUGGAUUAAAAAUGAAAUGGACAUAUUCUCCAAUGUGAAAAAUAAAUUGAAAAGAAAACUGUAAAUGACCAUUUAAAUUCUUUGUAUAAAAAAUUUGACUUGGCUUUGCUAAAACAGUGUUAAAUAGACAUUUGCGCAUUCCAUUUAAUAACAUCCCAUCUUUAGUAUUGCAUGUUUAGCAUUGUAUAUGUUCAUGUUCUGCCUUUGUACUGGUUGAUGGAUAUUUUAAAUAGUAUGUUUUCAUGGUUUUUUUUUUUAGUCCAGUGAUUGAAAGACUGAAACCUGAGUUGCAUUUCAGACUAGCUUAUUUUAUUGGUUAUAGCUGGUUGUGUCUUUUAAUUUAUUGGAUACUUGUUAUAUUUUAAUAGUUACAUUUGUUUUAACUAUUUUAAACUGUAUUUUAUAUUAAAAUUAGACUUUUAUCAAA